GGGCUGGGGCCGGCAGAAAGCAGCUGAGGGCGGUACCGUGGGCCCUUCGCCCAGGCGAGGGGAAUUUGUGCGGUUCGAGAGCUUCGGGAAGCUCCUUCAGGGGCCGUGAAGGCCUUGAAUCCUGCAGCGGCCUUGGGUAUCUUCUCGCCUAACUCUUGACAAUUCUCACUGCUCCCAGGUGUUCAAACGCUUCGUCGAGAUUGGCAGAGUGGCCUUCGUUUCCUUCGGGCCGCAUGCUGGCAAGCUGGUGGCCAUUGUAGAUGUUAUUGACCAAAACAGGGCACUGGUUGAUGGCCCCUGCAGUGGUGUCAGGAGGCAGGCUAUGCCCUUCAAGUGCAUGCAGCUGACUGAUUUUGUUCUCAAGUUCCCACACAGUGCUCGUCAGAAGUGUGUGCGACUUGCCUGGGAGAAGGAAAAUAUAAAUGAAAAAUGGGCAGCGACAAGGUGGGCAAAGAAGAUUGAAGCCCGAGAAAAGAAAGCCAAAAUGACUGACUUCGAUCGCUACAAGGUUAUGAAAGCGAAGAAGAUGAGAAACAGGAUCAUCAAGCAUGAAAUGAAGAAACUCCAGAAGAUGUCUUCUAAAAAAGGCAAGAAGCCAGAGAAGUCAGAGAAGCCAGAGAAAUCAGAGAAGGCGCAGAAGCCAGAGAAGGUGCAGAAGGCACAGAAGGCGCAGAAAUAAAAUGAACUUCUAGUUAUGUAUGACUUUGUGUCCUUGUUCUGAUUCUUUAUGGUUAACAAAUGGUUAAAACAUCUGAUUCAAAUUGUAAUCAUAAGUUCACUUUUGCUUCUGACCAAGA